AGAUUGGUAAUGUACCCCAUAGGGGAUCUGAAAAUGAUUUUUCUUUUCCCUCUCCUCCUUUUCCUCACACUGCUGCCACACAUAGCAACACUGAGAGCACACACACACACACACAUGCAGAUAACGGGCUGCAAGCUUUUGCAGACACAAACACAGCUGCGAGUGUUGCCUCUCUGCCUGAUACAGAGACACACUCGCUGGACAAUGUCAACACGCACACACAUUUGGAAUCCUCUGCUUUUCGCAAUGAAGUACCUGCUUUGAAAUCUUUUGCGGCUGUGUGGAGUCUUGAAAGUGCAGAAAAUGAGUGUGUGGACAGUAACAUUUUGACUGAACCAUCUUUGGAGAAAAGGGUUGAGGAGGUGGUUCCGACUUAUGCUCACUUAAGAUCUGAAGCAUAUAGGGCUUUUCCAACUCUGGAACUGGUGGUUGAUGGACACAGAAUAUCCUUUAUGGUUGAUUCUGGAGCGACAUCAUCAGUAAUCAGAGCAGAGGAGUUUGAAAUUCCUCCACGGCUCAGUGGGAGCCAUGUUUUCUCAUUGUCUGCCUCGGGUCAGGUGACAAAAGAGCAGUUUACAAAACCCCUCACCUGCGUAACUCCGGAGGGGAGUUCUUUCAAACACAGUUUUCUGCUAUCGUCUCUGUGCCCUGUGAAUCUGCUGGGAAGAGAUUUGAUGAUUGAGUUGGGAAUCGUGCUGAUCUCCACACCAGAAGGUGUUCUGGUGAGCACCGGAGAUCGGACAGUGGUCAGUGCUGUGAAAUACAGCCCGCAAAACUUGCUUUAUGCUUACGAGUGGAAAUUUCAGAACUCCCUGUUUAGCGGGCAGCUGAUGGAGGAAGUCAAACAGCUUGUGAAUCCUCUCUCAGAGACUAAGAGCUCCACUGAUCUGAGCUGCACAGCACACACGUCACGGGGCCCAGAUGCAGACUUUGAGGAGGCGUGGUUCAGGGUGUCAUCUGAGAAACUAACCUUUUCCACACUGUAUUGGAGUUCCCAAUACGCUGCGCUUGCGAUCAAUUUGCUACCUCAACAGCUAGCAUUUUUCAGAGAAAAUGGAAUUCCACACAUUCCAUUAACAAAGCCCGUUAAAGGGGAAUGGAGUGAAUUAACAAAUUUUGUCUCACAAUGUCAAACGAUUUGUGAUUGGACUGUGGUACCACAACAUCCUAACAUUCUGUUUUCACAGAGACUAUCUGCUUACAAAAGGCCUUUCACCGGUACUGUUCACUGUCAAAGAACAGUUCAUUUGGUUCCAGAAAAUGAAACAUUCCUUUCUCAUGGUCUGUUUCCAGAAGUUGACGUCACUUCACAUCCUCUGCUGUCCCAGGUUCCUUCUGAACUGUGGGCAAAGAAUAAAUAUGAUGUUGGUCUCAUCAAAGGGUGUGAACCAGUCAUCGUAACCCCUAAAUCAGAUUACAGACCCUGUCAGAAACAGUACCCUCUGAAACAGGAAGCAGUUGAGGGCAUCAGACCUGUUUUCGAAUCCCUUCUAAAAGAAGGGGUGAUCAUUGAAUGUCCAAAUUCACCCGUGAGCUCGCCUUUAUUCCCUGUGAAAAAGGUGAGAGACCAGGGCAAGCCAGUUGAGUGGAGAUUCAUCCUAGAUUUGCAGAGGGUGAAUUCAGCUGUAAUUGGUCGAACGCCCGUACUACCGAACCCUACCACGAUCUUGUCGCAGAUUCCUAUGGAUGCUGCGUUUUUCUCUGUCGUUGACUUGUCCAACGCCUUUUUCAGUGUGCCAGUCCAUAAGGACUCGCAGUACUGGUUUGGUUUCCAAUUCGAAGGGAAACUUUACACUUUCACGCGUUUGGUCCAAGGCUACACAGAGAGCCCGACUAUCUUCAAUGCAGCUCUGAAGGCUAGUCUGGACUCUCUGCAGCUGCGUCCAGGUACAACGCUGGUCCAGUAUGUCGACGACAUUCUUCUCUGUAGUCCCACAAAACAGCAAUGUGAGGAGGACACAGUUGCUCUUUUGAAGCACCUCCAUUCUGAGGGACACAAAGCCUCUCUAUCUAAGCUGCAGUUUGUGCAGCCUCAAGUGACCUUUUUGGGUCACCACAUCUCUUCAGAGGGCAGGACUCUAUCACCUAAGCGUGUGGCUGCAGUUCAAAACAUCCCUAAGCCUGUCACGAAGAAGCAGCUUCUGUCUUUCUUGGGAAUAACAUCUUACUGCAGAAACUUUGUUCCAAACUACUCAGUGCUGGAAGCUCCUCUGAGUGCCAUCAUGCAUGGUAAAGAUCUUCAACCUGCUGAUAAGCUUACUUGGACAUCUGAAGCCGAGUCUGCUUUUUCUCAGCUUAAAUUAGCUUUACAGCAGGCCCCUACCUUGGGUCUUCCGGACCCUAAAAAACCCUUUGUUCAGGCUGUUGAUGAGAAACAUGGAUGCAUGACCUCUGUCCUCAUGCAGGACCAUGGAGGGAAGUUGAGACCAGUAGCCUAUUAUUCUGGGAAACUGGAUCCAGUUGCGGCGGGACUGCCUGGCUGUCUUAGGGCAGUGGCUGCAGCUGAGCGGGCUGUUUUAGCAUCACGUGACAUCGUGGGCUAUUCUGAACUAACAGUGCUUGUGCCUCACAACGUUGCCAUCAUUCUUCUAGAACAAAAGACUUCACAUCUUUCUGCAGCGCGCUGGCUGAGGUACACUUCUAUCUUGCUGGACUUGCCAAACAUCACUGUGAAGAGGUGCAAUGUGUUAAAUCCAGCUACACUUCUUCCCACUCCUGAGGAUGGGGAUCCGCAUAACUGUGUGUCGGUGCUGGAGGAAGUUUGCACACCACGACCUGAUCUUUCUGAUGUUCCAGUGGAGAACCCAGAUUUGCAGUUGUUUGUUGAUGGUUCGUCUUAUGUUGAACAAGGACUCCACCUUGCAGCAUCUCCAUGCCUAAAACCAAUCCAAAGUCCUGAUACAUGCCCAGCAGCAUGUAAAACUGACAUGUCUGGAAAAAUCCUCUGUAUGGGGACUAAGCUCACCCAUAAGCUGAUCUUCCACUAG